ACUUUGAGGGCACCGAAUUGAUGCGAGUUCAUUGAAGACAGGGUGAUACUAAGCAAUAUAAAUGAGUAUCAUCGCUUUAAAACUACAUUACAAUGUCUGAAGAGGAGUUGACGGUGCCUGAAGAACUUUUCAAAGACGUGAAAUUUUACGUGGUUGGUGAUAUUGACCAGAAGGUCAUUCAGCUUUUGAAAGCAGGGAAAGGAAAAGAAGUGUCCUAUAAUGCUUUGGCUACUCACAUCAUUGCUGUCGAUGGCGAUAAUCCUGAAGUUGGGGAAUCCCGAGAAGUGUUUGACUUGCCUGUUGUAAAGCCAUCAUGGGUGAUUCUGUCCGUGCGAUGUGGAGACUUACUACCGGUCACAGGCUUCUCUCCAGAGUCGGGCCAGCUAUUCUUUGGCGUCACGGCAUGUCUUCCGCGGCUUCCAGACGAUCUCAGUACUCUUUGGGCCUUGAUCACGUACCACGGUGGAGACUGUCAGCUGUCACUCAAUAAGAAGUGCACCCAUCUGAUUGUGCCAGAGCCAAAGGGGGAAAAGUAUGAGCGUGCCUUGAAGGAGAGUAGCAUUCUCAUAGUUACUCCAGAAUGGGUGGUGGAUACGGUGAAGGACAAGGCCCGGAAGGAUGAGCAGCUGUACCACCCUCGUUUGAUCUACCUGGAGGAAGAAGAGGAGGAGGAGGAGGAUGAAGGAAGCGAGUAUGAAAGCCGCGGCUCUCGCUCAGACAUCAGCUACAGCCCCCGUCGUUCCCCGCGCAGCCGGCGGUCAAGCGGCGCCUCGUCCCGCGAUGCCUCGCCCAAGGCAAGACGCAGACGGCCGCGGCCCAGACGGCGGCCCCGCUCCUCAUCUCGGUCAGCCUCGCGUUCUCAGUCCCGCUCCAGAUCCCGCUCCGCUAGCCCGGUCCACAAGCCGGAGCGACGAAGCGAACUGAUGUUCGACGACUCCGACGACUCUGGUGCGGAGAAGGAGGAGCGGAAUCUAAACUGGACGCCCGCUGAAGUGCCGCAGCCUCCUCCUGGGGCGACUGCCAAACGCCGGCCAGGGAAGGAGUCUGGCCUCAUCAACUUGUGUGCCAGCGUACCCGUAAUUCCUGGGGCGGCGGCGGGGGCUGGUGGCGCACAGGUGCCCGCAGAGGCAGCUGGAGCCGGAGCCGGAGGGGCAGGGUCGGUGCCUGCUGACAGGCCAGAGGGCGUACCGGGAUGGAGUCCUGCAGCCAGAACACUAAGGAACAUCACUAAUAGCGCUGAGGUGCCGCAGCCCAACAGGCCCUCCAAUGUUGCACAUAUUCUCCAGAGUCUGACUGGCUCAGCCAAGCCAGGGGAGCAGCAGGCGCACCCUGGUCAGCCUGGCGUGCCAAACCAGCUUGUUUUCAACCAAGCCAAGACGCCAGGGCCACUGCAGCAGCUAACUGAAGCACAGCAACAUCUCCUACAACAACAACAGCAGCAGCAGCAACAACAGCAACAGCAGCAGCAGCCGCAGGGCCAUCAGUUGCCACAGCAGCAACAGCAUCACCCGCAGCAAAUGCCACCUCAACAACAUACAAUGAUGCCCCACAUGCCACCCCAAGUCAUGCAGUUACACCAGCAGCAGCAGCAACAGCAGCAGCAGCAACAACAACAGCAGCAACAGCAACAGGUUCCACCGCAAGGUUUUCCUCAGAUGCCCCAGCAGUCCCAUCAAUUUAUGCAGCAGCAGCAGCAGCAACAACAACAGGCUCAUCAGCAACAGAUGCAUCCACAGCAGCUCUUCAAUCAGCAGCAGCAGCAGCAGCAGCAGCAGCAGCAGCAUCAGUUCUCUCAGCAGCAGCUUCGGCCCCAGCAGCUCCUGCGCCCACCCCUGCAGCAGCAGCUCCAGCAGCAACAACAGCAUGCUCUCCAGCAGCAGCUGCAGCAGUUGCAGCAGCAGAGGAUGCAAAUGCAGCUCCAGCAGCAGCAGCAGCAACAACAGCAACAAAAUCAGCAGCAGAAUCAGCAACAGCAAAUGCAACAGCAGCACUUGCAGCAACAACAGCAGCAGCAGCAUUUCAUGCAGCAGCAGCAGUUGCAGCAGCAGCACCUGCAACAGCGGCAGCAGCAGCAGCAGCAGCAGCUCCAGAACCAGAAUCAGCAGGGGAUGCCGCAUCCGCCGCAGCAGGGCAUGCCACCGCAGGCUCAGCCGGGAAUGCAGCCGGGCAUCCACCCUAUACAGCCUCACCAACUGUUCGGUCAUGAGCCGGGCGUGGAAAUUCCUGAAGGGGGUUGCCUAGCAGGAUGUGUUUUUGCCAUUGCUGACUAUCCAGAACAGAUGGCCGACAGACAACUCUUGUCAAGUUGGAAAAAGACCAUUGUAGAUCAUGGUGGUACUGUGGACUCGUCCCUGAACAGUCGGUGCACCCACCUGCUUUGUGAAAGUCAAGUCAGCAGCAUGUAUGUUCAGGCCCUUAGGGAGGGGAAGCGAUGUGUCACUGUCCACUGGCUUGAGUCUGUCCUGAAGAAGAGGAAGAUGGUCCCCCCACAUAAAGCAAUACACCUCCCCUUUGCCUUCCCCCCUGGAGCAAAGCCCUGCUCGCAGCAUAUCGUGGCUAUAUCUGGCUUCGUGGAUACGGAUCGCAUGGACCUGAGGCUCAUGUGCCUCCUAGCAGGCGCCCGAUACACUGGCUAUCUGAGCCAUAGCAACACUGUGGUCAUCUGCAAACAGCCGAGCGGGGCCAAGUACCAGAGAGCGAAGGAGUGGCGCAUCCCCUGUGUCAACGCCCAGUGGCUGUGUGACAUCCUGCUGGGCAACUUCGAGGCACUGCGGCAGGUGCAGCACAGCAGGUACUCCCAGUUCAACCUGCAGGAGCCCUUUGCACCCAACCUGCACCUGGUGCACAUCCACAAUCUGCUGGGUGCGUGGCGGACGCCUGUGAAGGUGGCACCAGAUGCUUUAGCAACACUACGCCUACAAUUGAAACAGAAGCAAGCUGAUAACCCUCAGAUACCGUCUAAGAAACCCAAGCUUGAAGAGCUCCCUACACCAACUAAGAAGCUGUCACCAGGGUCUAAACCUGUGGUGUGUUUCACUGGCUUUGGCAAGCCCAACGUCCUGCAAUACAUAAAGAAGUUGCAUGAGCUCGGAGGGGAGUGGACGGACAAUCCCCAGCAGUGCACCCACCUGGCGGCUAACAAGGUGCAGCGCACGGUGAAGUUCCUGGCCGCCUUCCCCGUGGCCAAGCACGUGGUCACGUCCGAGUGGCUGGAGGAGAGCUGGAAGAGCCAGCAGUUUGUCGAUGAACAGAAGUACCAGCUGCGGGACGCAGAAGCGGAGGUGCUGUUCAGCUUCAGUCUGGAGGAAUCUCUGAAGAGGGCCCACACAGCCAAGCUCUUCAAGGGCAAGUAUUUCUAUGUCUCCCCUGGGAUCACUCCAAGCCUGCGCAUCACGAAAGUCAUUGUGGAGUGUGCUGGAGGGAAGCUACUGCCAAAGAUGCCCUCUUUCCGUAAGAUUAUGGAGCACAAGCAAAACAAAAACCUUCCAGAAAUCGUUCUCAUAUCUUGUGAGAAUGAUCUACAUCUGUUCAGGGAAUACUUCCUGAAAAAUAUUGACGUGCACAAUGCAGAAUUCAUCCUGACCGGAGUGUUGACACAAAAGUUGGAUUACGAAUCGUAUAAAUUCACGUGAUGGGGAGGCGAGGUUGAUGCCCCAUGGCUCAUGCCUGAAAGCUGCUGUUAAUGUUUGUUCCUGCAAGGCCAUGUGAAGACGAAGAUGUUCCUGAAGAACCACAAAUUGUUCCAUGAAUUAAUUGCUGUCUUUUUUGCAGUGUUUUUUUCCAAUGCUGCACACAAGUUCCAGGUUUUACCGAAUAGUUUUAUGACUUUUAGUAAAUAGCUGUAUGUUAUUUUUAUGAUGUUAACUUAUGACAGUUGUGAACUUAUCAUGGUGUGUUUUUACAGAAGAACUUCUGCUUUAUUCUUUUUUCGUAAAAAAAUAAAUAAAUUGGUGGAUAAAGUUAAAAGUU